AGCCGCUUACGGUGAUGGAACCCGGGCGUUAGGGGACGGACAGACCCCGAGCCAGGAGGCGGGUGCCGCGCCAUGUUCGCCGGGUUGCAGGAGCUCGGGGUGGCUAAUGGAGAAGAUUUGAAGGAGACGCUGACCAACUGCACGGAGCCACUUAAGGCCAUCGAGCAAUUCCAGACGGAGAAUGGCAUCCUGCUGCCCUCUCUUCAGUCUGCCUUGCCGUUCCUGGACCUCCACGGCACCCCCAGGCUGGAGUUCCACCAGUCCGUGUUCGACGAGCUGAGGGAGAAGCUGCUGGAGAGGGUGUCGGCCAUCGCCUCUGAAGGAAAGUCCGAAGAAAGGUACAAGAAGCUGGAGGAUCUCCUAGAGAAGAGCUUCCCCUUGGUCAAGAUGCCGUCCGUCCAACCUGUGGUGAUGUGCGUCAUGAAACACUUGCCCAAGGUCCCCGAGAAGAAGCUGAAAUUGGUGAUGGCCGACAAGGACCUAUACAAAGCCUGCGCCAUGGAGGUGAAGCGUCAGAUCUGGCAGGACAACCAGGCCCUGUUUGGCGACGAGGUGUCCCCGCUGUUGAAGCAGUACAUUCUGGAGAAGGAGAACGCCUUGUUCAGCAGCGACCUCUCCGUCCUGCACAACUUCUUCAGCCCUACUCCCAAAAUGAGGCGCCAAGGAGAGGUGGUCCAGAAGCUCACCCAGAUGAUUGGGAAGAACGUGAAACUCUACGACAUGGUGCUGCAGUUCCUGCGGACCUUGUUCCUCCGGACGCGCAACGUCCACUACUGCACACUGCGGGCGGAGCUCCUGAUGUCCCUGCAUGACCUGGAUAUCAGCGAGAUCUGCACUGUCGACCCCUGCCACAAGUUUACCUGGUGCUUGGACGCCUGCAUUCGAGAGAAGUUUGUGGACAACAAGAGGGCCCGAGAGCUGCAAGGGUUUCUCGACGGAGUGAAGAAAGGACAAGAGCAAGUGCUGGGGGAUUUAUCCAUGAUCUUAUGUGAUCCGUUUGCUAUCAACACCUUGGCGCUGAGCACCAUCCGCCACCUGCAAGAACUGAUUGGACAGGAUAUGUUACCCAGGGAAAGCCCCGAUCUUUUGCUUCUGCUGAGGAUGUUGUCACUGGGGCAGGGAGCCUGGGACAUGAUCGACAGUCAGAUCUUCAGGGAACCCAAAAUGGAAGUGGACUUGAUCACCAAGUUCUUGCCGCUGUUGAUGUCCUUCGUGGUAGACGACUACACGUUCACCGUCGAUCAGAAGCUGCCUUCAGAAGACAAGGGCCCGGCGCCUUACCCCAGCGCCAUCCCGGAAAUGUUUCCUAAAUUUCUGCAGGAGUAUCGGAUCGCCUGUGAGAUCGGGCUCUACUAUGUGCUUCACAUCACCAAGCAGAGGAACAAGAACGCUCUUCUACGGCUUCUCCCAACCCUCGCUGAGACCUUCAAUGAUCUGGCCUUCAGCGACAUUUUCCUGCACCUGCUCACCGGUAACCUCACCCUCCUCGGUGAUGAAUUCACCCAGGAGGAGUUCUGCACCAGUCUUUUCGACGGCUUCUUCCUCACCACCUGCUCAAGGAAGGAGAAUGUGCACAGACACGUCCUGAGGCUGCUGCUUCACCUGCAACACAAAGUGGCGCCUGCCAAGCUGGAGUCCCUGCAGAAGUCAUUGGAGCCUUCCAAACAGAGCGGCGAAGCCGUGAAGGAACUUUACAGCCAGCUCAGCGAGAAACUGGAACUCUGCAAACCCAGCCCUGCUCAGGCAGCUGACGCCCCAUCAGUGGACCUGGCCCUACCAACAGUGCCUACCCCAGCCUCGCUCUAGGCUGCACCCCCCCCCCGAUCCUGCCAAGGAGCAAAGUGUCUUGCACUGACCAGCAGCGGAGCCUGGACGCGCACCUCAUUCCAGAUGCAAAGUGGUCAGGAGCCUUUUGCCGUCUUUUGAAGCGGCCCACUUCAUCUCAUUUGCUGCGUCUUCCGAGAAGACUGCCGAGGCUUCAAGGUUGUUUUUCUGGGGCUAAUUUGGUAUGGAUGGGGUUUUAUGGGGGGGGGGGAGAGAGGAAAAAUAAGUUGAGAUACGUGCUUUUCUAAAUCCUAAAUGUCAUGUUAGAUGUUUGCAAUUUUUUAUUAAA